ACGACAUCAUUCCUUCAGUGUGCGUUGGUUUGUUUACACCAUUACGCCAAACAAAUUGUUUUCCUCAUUAGUUUACGUUUAUUUCUGCUCUUUUUGUGCCCAUAAGCUUCCUGCGAGAAUGAAAACUCAACUGAAAGUUCUGUUUUUCACCUUAAGCCUUAGUUCGGCCCUUGCAAUCCGUUGCUAUCAGUGUUCCUCGCAAACGGAUCCGAAAGGCAUCGACAACUGUGGUGCGUACAAAGCGUUCAACAAGACGCAAAACAUUGCCAUCGAGUGUAACAGCGAUGAGUCGCACAUGCCCGGAUCCUUCUGCAUGAAGGUGGUACACCAAAGCCCGAGAGGUUUCAUCUGGGAUGGCCGAUGGCGACAGGUCAUUAGGCAGUGUGCGUCCGUCUCGGAGACGGGCGUUACCGGAGUAUGCAACUGGGGUGUGUACGAAAAUGGAGUCUAUUGGGAAGAAUGCUACUGCGUGGAGGACGAAUGUAACAGUGCACCGAAAACGAGAGCCACAUCGAUAGCUCUGUUGGGCCUUGCAGUGUUGCUGUUUGGUGCGAAAAUGCUAUCGUGAGCUCUUACCGCGCAACAAACAUCAAGUAAUCCAUCCGUUCAAAGAGCGUUAGAGCCGUGCAACAAUUCCGUCCAUGUGAGAAACAUCUCGAAACAUUCCGAACGAAUGUGAAUCAUAGGUUUAAUGCAACAGUGUCGAGCGUUCAUUUUUAUACAAACAGACGAAUCAAUAAAUUUUACCACAUCUAGACAGAUUAA